AUGGCUAGGAGUAGUUAUCGUUCCGAUGCUUAUCCAUUUAAAUCUCCAGCAUUGGUUCCCGAAUCAGAAGAAUUUAGUAGUGCACCAAAUCAAGUUGACUUUGCAGAUAAAAUGCUAUUAAAAACUUUGGAAGAUGAGAUUCGAGAAGAUCAAGAUGUUGCUACCAAGGCGGCUUUACUAAUGAAACUUCUAGAGGACCCAACGGUGCAAACCCUACCGAUAGUUUAUAUGGAAGAUACUGAAGAGCCUAUGAAUAAUCUGGAAGAAUUAUAUCAGUCGCCUAUUGAGAAAAGAUCACGAUAUUACAGAAGAUACCCUUGGAAGAGACAGAAUAGCCGCCAUAGAACUUACGAAGCAGACACCCGAUACCUCUGCGUUCCCACCCGUGAGGAUGUUUUCAAGCUUUUAGUUGGUAUACAUGAAAAUCGCAACGGUAACCACCAGAAAACUGUCAGCUUUUGUAACAGGAAACGGCCGGCAAAAGCAAUUUUCACGAAUAUCAGAUUUCUUGGCUAAGGAGGCAGUUUCCCGAGAAAAUUGAUUUAUUACUUGCAAAAACCACCGGGAAAUGCAUCGCUACGACAAAUAAUACAGAUGAAUCGAAAGAAUGUGAAUGAAAUGGGGAAGGACCGGCAGCUAUUUCUAGGAAUAAAUUCAAAUUAAGCAAUUUUUAACGAAAA